CACAAAUAUCAAUUACCUUUCUAUUCCUAAAAUACUCUUCUUUCUCGCAGCCACAAUGGCCACCUCAUCUAUCACCACUUCUCUCUCUUCAACUCCUAAAUCCUCAUUCUUCAAUGGAAGAUCAAUUGCUACCCGCACCUCCCACUUAAUCAAAUCCACCUCCCAUAACUAUUCUUCAGUCUCCAUGUCCCUCAACACACCUCCUUACGAUCUUCAAUCCUUCAAAUUCCAACCCAUCAAAGAAUCCAUCGUCUCUCGUGAAAUGACACGCCGUUACAUGACAGACAUGAUUACCUAUGCCGACACCGACGUCGUCAUCGUCGGUGCCGGUUCCGCCGGUCUUUCAUGCGCUUACGAAUUAAGCAAAAAUCCUAACAUCAAUAUAGCCAUAAUCGAACAAUCCGUCAGUCCCGGCGGCGGUGCAUGGCUCGGCGGCCAACUCUUCUCCGCCAUGGUUGUCCGCAAACCAGCUCACCUCUUCCUCGACGAAAUUGGCGUUGACUACGACGAACAAGAAGACUACGUUGUAAUCAAACACGCUGCUUUGUUCACUUCAACAAUCAUGAGUAAACUUCUCGCUAGACCUAACGUGAAAUUGUUCAAUGCUGUUGCUGCCGAGGAUUUGAUUGUGAAAGAAGGAAGAGUUGGUGGUGUUGUUACGAAUUGGGCUUUGGUUUCAAUGAACCAUGAUACACAGUCUUGUAUGGAUCCUAAUGUUAUGGAAGCUAAGGUUGUUGUGAGUUCUUGUGGACAUGAUGGUCCUUUUGGUGCCACUGGUGUUAAGAGGUUGAAGAGUAUUGGUAUGAUUGACUUUGUUCCUGGAAUGAAAGCACUUGAUAUGAAUACUGCGGAAGAUGCUAUUGUUCGUCUUACUAGGGAGGUUGUUCCUGGUAUGAUUGUUACUGGUAUGGAAGUUGCUGAAAUUGAUGGAGCUCCAAGAAUGGGUCCAACAUUUGGAGCUAUGAUGAUAUCAGGGCAGAAGGCAGCUCAUUUGGCAUUGAAGGCAUUGGGGAGGAACAAUGCAAUUGAUGGAACAUGCGAUUCUGCAAGGGAAGAACCUGAGCUUGUUUUGGCUUCUGUUGAAUUAGAGGACACUGUUGAUGCUUAAAGUUUCCAGUUAAAUCGAUUUAGUUUUUAGCUUAUUUUCCAUUUGCUUUUCUUCUGCCUGUGAUUUGGACUCAAUAAUGAAUAAAGAAAAUGCGAAUGAAGUGAUGGGUUGUAUAUUUGAAUAGGUUGUUUAUUUGAAUAAUUGGAAGACUGGUUAUGGGAUUCAUGGGUAUUGUCCUUCUAGCUGGAACUGAAUUUUGAGGUUUGUUAAACUCUUUCCAUUCCGUAAUUUUAAAUCUUACAGAAAAGGAUGUUUUAUGUUAUGCUAGAACUUUUGCCAGAGAUUAUAUGUAGCUUGGCAUUGCCCUUUUGUGGCAGUGGCACAGAUUUGAGCUGGAAUUUGAGUAUUGAAGAAUUUUUAUAAUAGAGUACAUUUUGUUUGGACU